GCCAAAUCUAUGUCAUCAGGUGCUCAAAGCCAGCUUGUGUGUUCUGGAUGUCAAAAUCUAUUACUCUAUCCAGUCGGAGCAACCUCUGUGUGCUGUGCUGUUUGCAAUGCAGUAACAGCUGUGCCGCCUCCUGAAAUGGCCCAGUUGGUUUGCGGAGGCUGCCAUACCUUACUAAUGUACAUCCGUGGAGCCACAAGUGUUCAAUGUUCGUGUUGUCACACCGUCAAUCUGGCCUUGGAAGCUUCAAAUUUUCCUUCACUUCUGACAGCAAAUCAGGUGGCGCAUGUAAAUUGUGGAAACUGCAGGAUGUUACUAAUGUACCAGUAUGGAGCAAGUUCUGUAAAAUGUGCAGUCUGCAAUUUUGUGACAUCAGUUAGGGUCAGUACAUUAUUUGUUCUCACUCACUAACUGUUUAAUAACCUUAUGAUUCACUGUCUUCUUAGCAGCCUUUAAGUGCAAAUUCACUGCCUUUUUUAUGCGUCUUUUAUAAAUACAAGAUCGAUAUAUUUACAAGUAGCUGAAGCUAGUUUCAUCUGUUUGCAAUGUCUUCAAUGUUGUGUCGUUGGAUGAUGCAGGGCUCAGGGAGUGCUGCGGAACAGAAGUUCAACAGCUAAAAUUACUUCACACCCAAGUUGAUUAUUAGAAGCUACAACUUUGGUCUUUGCACAUUACAAAUAUCCUCCUCCAGGGUUGCAUCUCUCGGCAAAAUAGAAGAAAUUUCCUCCUCCCAUGUAUAGAGUUAUUUUUACUUGCGUGACCUACUUGCUAAUAAGCAGUGGCAGCUGGCUGGAUGUAUGAUAAAUAUUUCUAUCACAGAGGACUUGGUUUUCUUAAUUUCUUUUACCAUGCUAUGAGUGUGAGUCGCAUUAAAUGCAGGCAUAAAGGUUAUCUCUGAUACUUUUCUUCUUG